CUCGCUGGCCCCAAACAGACCACCAGCCCACAACACCAACGAGAUUUCCAUCUUCUCUCUCUCUCUCUCUUGGGGAGGAAACGCGACCUUGGUCGUGCUGCUCGAAGUCCGUGAAUUUUCUCGGAAGCCGAGGAGCUUCUUUUCCAUUUCUGUCGCCUUUUCUUCUUUGGUUCUUGUUUCUGAGAAAUCCCUCUUUGGCCGUUUCCCACGAAUAUACCUUGCUUCAACAAAUCUAGAAAAGAUCGACCAUCAAGAUCGCUUUUUUUCCAUUGAGAAAUCUUGGCAUGAAGAAUAGCCCCAGCUAGAAAUUCAAAUAUGGGGAUGAGCCCUUGUGUUAGGGCCUGGAUCUUUAUUUCCGUUCUGUCUUUGUGAUCGCUUGCAUCGGAACUGAAGUUGGUGUUUUCUCGACUGGAAUUACGUAUUACGGACUAGUUCUGGCUUCUGUCUUUCAAUUUUCAGUUUUGGAAGGGUGGAUAAAACAUUUCGUGGGACAUGGCUUUCUCUCUAACUAAUCAUCGCGUGCCUUCACAAUGCGGGUAUCAGGAUACGCGUUCGUCCUUUCAGGGGAAGUCUCAUUUUGGCCAAACGUCAUCAUCGUUUUGCGAUGGAGAUGCAAGGGUGGUGAGAAACUAUAACAAUGUACAUGAUCUAACCUGGAAGUUUCAGGAGUUCUUCAGCGAGAAUGAGCAGGCCGGUGCGCCUCCAGCGUAUAAGAGACGGAGGAGCUCGAUAAUUGAGAAUCCAUCUGCUACAAAUUAUAGGUCGCCUUUCUGUUCUGGGGAUUUGGAUCGGACUGAUCGUUCUUGGUGUGAUAUCAAUAGCAACUCUACUACUACGCUGUUGAGACACACUGCCAAUCCGUAUAAUGCACCAUCAACAAGCAGUAGUUUCGUCUUCCAGACAAGAGCAGAUGAUCGCCUUGGGGCCUUUUCUGGCUACAACUACGAGCCAAGAAGUUAUUCAGAUAACGUCUCGACAAGUGAUAACUCACGUGAAUCAUCUCAAGGUUUCAUGUCCAGGGAAGAAUUGGAAAGAUGCUCUCCUUCAAGGAAGGAUGGCAUAGAUUUGCAUCGAGAGACGUACUUGAGAUAUUCCUACUGUGCUUUCCUUCAAAAUCUGGGAAUGCAGCUUAAAUUGCCCCAGACUUCAAUUGGAACUGCAAUAGUCCUCUGUCACCGGUUCUUUGUUCGCCGUUCUCAUGCUUGUCAUGACAGAUUUUUGAUCGCAACAGCUUCCCUUUUCUUAGCUGCAAAGUCAGAGGAGACUGCUCGUCCCUUGAACACUGUGCUGAAGGCAGCUUUUGAAAUUUGCCAUGAACACAACUUUCCAUUUUCCUCCCGUGCUAACUGGUUCGAGGAGUACAAGGAACAAGUCCUUGAUGCUGAACACAUAAUAUUGACAACUCUGGACUUUGAGCUUGGUGUUCAGCAUCCAUAUGUUCCACUUACCUCAGUUCUUAAUAAGCUGGGGAUUAGACAAUCUGUUCUUGUGAAUUUGGCUUGGAGCUUGAUCAAUGAAGGAUUUUGGUGAUGGUAGAAAGCUAAUGCUAGGUUGCUGAGCUCUCUAGUCCUUCUCUUGUUCCCUGUUGACCGCCUCUAGUAUGUGCUCUACAGCCUCUACUGUGGUGGCCAAUGGUACUGGCAAGUGAAGCUAUUGAAGGCCUGAAUAUGAGUAGACAUAGUACCAUUAGACUUUCUGACAUUCGAAACUCCUUUCUGCACUUUGUAGUAAAGAAUGAAGGCUGCUGAUCAUGAAAUCCAAGAAAAGUUCAAAGAAGUCUGUCUCAGUGAUGCAGUACAUGGGUUGGGUCUUUGAGAACGACGGUAGUCUUUGUUAAUUGGAUUUAUCUGGUUACGUGAAGCUGUGGUAGUGAUACACAAAAGGGGAAAAGGGAAUGAUGAUAAUGUACUGGCAAAAUAUGAUACAGAAAUAAAAAGUUAAAGCAUUUUACUGGUGUCUUUGACACUAAGGGAGUUGCCUAUGAGGACUUAGAUGGGGCCUGGUGUUGAUUGGCUUUAUAAAUCUUCUGUGUGGAGACAGAUAAAUGCCUUUUUUAUUGUUUGUUCUUUUGCUUGGGAUGAUGGUAAGACCAAAGUUCUGAUAAGCAAAUGCGUCUUUUUCUUAGACGGAUGGUUCUGUUUGUCCUUGCAUGUUAUCUUUUCAGAAAGCUACAAUGGUGAAGGUACUCUGGGUCAACCUUUUUAAUGACAUCUCUCUCUGUCUCUCUCUCUCUCUCAUAUGUUGCAUCUCAGUAUUCUGACCAUUUUGGAGCCAGCAUAUAAUAUUGGGAAUUCAUGACAACGUUGUCAGAAUGUUACUGUGUUCAUAUUGUGAUACCUUGAUAUUGUCAUGAUUUUAUAAAAAAGAAAAAGAAGAAUCUCUCUCUCUCUCCUUCUUCCCCCCCACCCCCCUCCCCCCCCCCCCUCCCCGCCCCCCCGCUGUGGAAGGUGAAGAUAUGGAGAGGGAGUUUAACACAGGUUUGGGUUUCUUGGCCUUUUAGAAGUAACACAUGACUAAGAUUGAAUAUGACCCUCUCUCUCUCUCCCCCCACCCCCCCCUCACUCACUCACUCACUCUUUGAUGGAAGUAAAAAAUGUAGAGUUUAACACAGGUAUGGUGUCUUUCCUUUUAGAAAUAAUAUAUAGAUCGAUAAACACCUGCUUAUGUUGACUAUGGUGGUUAUUGCUUGUGCUUUGGCAAAUUGUUGUGAAGCUGGGCAUAUAGAUGAUUUCUUCUUCUGGGAGAGAGAAGUAUCUAUUUAGCAUAAGGAAGCAGAUCUAUUUGUGCAGUAUCCUACUGCUUUAAAAAAUAUUUUCUUAAGCUAUUGCAUUCUGCUGAGCAUAGUCUAGUAUAAGGUGAUUUUGCCAGGUAAUUUAGUUGGGAAGAAUAAAUAUCAUACCCAUUCAUGUCACAGUCACUACAUUAACUUUGCCAUGCGUUAAUCUGUGUGGUUGCCUACAAUGUACCUUUUACAUUAAAAUGUCUGCACUGUCUGUGCAUCAUAUGGUUAUGGCUGUGAAGCAUUUCUUUCACUCAAAGUGUCUAUUUUUUCCAAAAUCUUUUGUUCUCAUUCCUUUUUGGGUUAUAAGCAUAGAAAAUUUUCAUUGGUUGUUGGAUUUUUCAACUGAUAAUUAGUAUUUAGAACACUCAAAAUAUGUGGAGAUUUGCAAGUAUUGACUUUUUCUUUCAAAAGGAACUUGGGAUGUUUUUUUGAUAAUCAGUUUUAGCCUGUUAAGUUGUCCAGAUCUACACUGUUGAAGUCCAUGUUAAUAUAAACUUGUCUGGGCUUGUUUACUGUGCACUAUUAUCACGCAUACGUCAAACCAAUUGUCCUUAUGCCUGACCUCUGCAUUCACAUUAUUCGGGGCAUUUGACACUUUUGUUAGACCUGGAGUCAUGUCAUUAAUGCGGCCCCACUUCCCAUGUUUCCAUAUGCAUGGUAUCCUUUAAUAAAAUGCUGCAAGCUCCAAGUGUAUACUUAUUUUUCAUUCAUUUUCUUCAUGUGAAAUAGGUAGUCUUAAUCCAUCAUGAAAUCUCAACUGCAGGGUCUUCUCCAAUUGAAAUGCCCUGCUAUAGGAUACUACUGUCAGACUGAUAUGCUGUUUAAUGUAGCCGUUUUAUGGUUUUUGGUAGUUGAAUUUUUUAUUAUAUUUGCAAUUACCUCACUUUGAUAUUGAGGAAUAAUUUUUUUUUUAGGUUUUCGCUUUUGUGCCUUCUAAGUUCUAUCAAUGUGCUUAUGUUUUUCUUUUCUCAUGCUGGCAAUAGGUGGAUUUGCCAGUUCCUUUCAGUUUUUGUGCAAUCAAUUUUUGGGAACCCUUAACCAAGUAGCUUGUGUUGUCGAUCAGGCCCACAUAAUUUAUUCAACCAAUGGCAGUAAUUUUUGUUUUGCCAAAAUUAUUAAUAUUAAAACUCAGAGGGGGUAAUGGGUUUCUAUACUAUGUUUCCCUUCUCUAUUUUGUUUCUAUGUUUCCCUUCUCUGUACUUGUUUUUAUCUCUGAAAAUGGCAUCUUUGGUUUCUCAUUCUCUCUUUUAUUCAUGAUUUUAUAAGAUCCUUAAUCCUUAUGAUAUACUUUCCAUAUAAUCUGCGUGAAUCUAAUGACAAUGGUUUUCCAUUUAGUAUUAUGUCACAGGAAUAUCUCUAUUUGGGUGAGGUACCCGUGUUGACAUGGUGCGACAUGGGUACAGGUAUGCCCCUAGACAUGGCCCGGACACAGUCAAACUCGUAUCAGACGUGAUUAAUGCACCCUUGGCCGUAUCCAUCCUUUUUUGGAUUUGGUCAAAGUUUUACUGAGUCCAUUUUUGUCCAACAAUUAGGGUUUUUUAAACCAUCAUGUAUAUGCAAUGUAAAUGAAGAGACUUCGCAGAAACUGAAGGGCUCUUACUAUUCUCUACAAUCUGAUUACUCCUGUUCAGCAAGAUUUUCUGAUGACGGGCGAUUUUUUGAUGGCCUAGUUUUUCUUAAUUUGUUAUGUAGUGUUUUAUUUGUUUAAAUUCUUUUUUUGUUAUAUAAAUAUAAAUAUGUGGUCCCUGACCCUUAUAUGCCAAACUUUGUUGGGAAUCAUCUAGGCCAUCAAUUCCAAUGAGAUCAGAUGGGCGGAUAUUAAGUUGCAAAUAUAGAAGUCAAACUGUUUUUCAAGAGUGUAUAAUAACCUUGAAAGGAGGAGAGGGAGAGUAGAAACAAAUGAGUUUCCUUAAAUGAAACUCCUUUGUCUUCUUUGAAAGAUAGUUUGGACUCUUGAAAAAACAAGUUGACUUCUACUUUUGCAACUUAAUCUCUAUGUCUAAUCUCCUUACAAUUAACGGCCUAGAUGAUUCCAUCAAGUUCAAGUUUGGUGGUAUAUGAGGAUCUAGUAUUUACCAGUUUUCCUGUAUCCUCUCUCUCUCUCUCUCUCUCUCUCUCUCUCUCUCUCUCUCUCUCUCUCUCUCUCUCUCUCUCUCUCUCGCUCUUUAUAUAUAUAUAUAUAUAUAUAUAUAAA